AUGCCUCACAUCCCGCUGACACCUCGAGAGGCACGCGGAGUUCAUUGCUUCAAAAGGCUCAAGACGUAUGCCAACUUCCCAGAAGCACCUCAGGAGGAGGCUUCUCUCAGCAAUAGGCUCAAGACGUAUGCCAACUUCCCAGAAGCACCUCAGGAGGAGGCUUCUCUCAGCAAUAGGCUCAAGACAUAUGCCAACUUCCCAGAAGCACCUCAGGAGGAGGCUUCUCUCAGCAAUAGGCUCAAGACGUAUGCCAACUUCCCAGAAGCACCUCAGGAGGAGGCUUCUCUCAGCAAUAGGCUCAAGACGUAUGCCAACUUCCCAGAAGCACCUCAGGAGGAGGCUUCUCUCAGCAAUAGGCUCAAGACGUAUGCCAACUUCCCAGAAGCACCUCAGGAGGAGGCUUCUCUCAGCAAUAGGCUCAAGACGUAUGCCAACUUCCCAGAAGCACCUCAGGAGGAGGCUUCUCUCAGCAAUAGGCUCAAGACGUAUGCCAACUUCCCAGAAGCACCUCAGGAGGAGGCUUCUCUCAGCAAUAGGCUCAAGACGUAUGCCAACUUCCCAGAAGCACCUCAGGAGGAGGCUUCUCUCAGCAAUAGGCUCAAGACAUAUGCCAACUUCCCAGAAGCACCUCAGGAGGAGGCUUCUCUCAGCAAUAGGCUCAAGACGUAUGCCAACUUCCCAGAAGCACCUCAGGAGGAGGCUUCUCUCAGCAAUAGGCUCAAGACGUAUGCCAACUUCCCAGAAGCACCUCAGGAGGAGGCUUCUCUCAGCAAUAGGCUCAAGACAUAUGCCAACUUCCCAGAAGCACCUCAGGAGGAGGCUUCUCUCAGCAAUAGGCUCAAGACGUAUGCCAACUUCCCAGAAGCACCUCAGGAGGAGGCUUCUCUCAGCAAUAGGCUCAAGACGUAUGCCAACUUCCCAGAAGCACCUCAGGAGGAGGCUUCUCUCAGCAAUAGGCUCAAGACAUAUGCCAACUUCCCAGAAGCACCUCAGGAGGAGGCUUCUCUCAGCAAUAGGCUCAAGACGUAUGCCAACUUCCCAGAAGCACCUCAGGAGGAGGCUUCUCUCAGCAAUAGGCUCAAGACGUAUGCCAACUUCCCAGAAGCACCUCAGGAGGAGGCUUCUCUCAGCAAUAGGCUCAAGACGUAUGCCAACUUCCCAGAAGCACCUCAGGAGGAGGCUUCUCUCAGCAAUAGGCUCAAGACGUAUGCCAACUUCCCAGAAGCACCUCAGGAGGAGGCUUCUCUCAGCAAUAGGCUCAAGACGUAUGCCAACUUCCCAGAAGCACCUCAGGAGGAGGCUUCUCUCAGCAAUAGGCUCAAGACGUAUGCCAACUUCCCAGAAGCACCUCAGGAGGAGGCUUCUCUCAGCAAUAGGCUCAAGACGUAUGCCAACUUCCCAGAAGCACCUCAGGAGGAGGCUUCUCUCAGCAAUAGGCUCAAGACGUAUGCCAACUUCCCAGAAGCACCUCAGGAGGAGGCUUCUCUCAGCAAUAGGCUCAAGACGUAUGCCAACUUCCCAGAAGCACCUCAGGAGGAGGCUUCUCUCAGCAAUAGGCUCAAGACGUAUGCCAACUUCCCAGAAGCACCUCAGGAGGAGGCUUCUCUCAGCAAUAGGCUCAAGACGUAUGCCAACUUCCCAGAAGCACCUCAGGAGGAGGCUUCUCUCAGCAAUAGGCUCAAGACGUAUGCCAACUUCCCAGAAGCACCUCAGGAGGAGGCUUCUCUCAGCAAUAGGCUCAAGACGUAUGCCAACUUCCCAGAAGCACCUCAGGAGGAGGCUUCUCUCAGCAAUAGGCUCAAGACGUAUGCCAACUUCCCAGAAGCACCUCAGGAGGAGGCUUCUCUCAGCAAUAGGCUCAAGACGUAUGCCAACUUCCCAGAAGCACCUCAGGAGGAGGCUUCUCUCAGCAAUAGGCUCAAGACGUAUGCCAACUUCCCAGAAGCACCUCAGGAGGAGGCUUCUCUCAGCAAUAGGCUCAAGACGUAUGCCAACUUCCCAGAAGCACCUCAGGAGGAGGCUUCUCUCAGCAAUAGGCUCAAGACGUAUGCCAACUUCCCAGAAGCACCUCAGGAGGAGGCUUCUCUCAGCAAUAGGCUCAAGACGUAUGCCAACUUCCCAGAAGCACCUCAGGAGGAGGCUUCUCUCAGCAAUAGGCUCAAGACGUAUGCCAACUUCCCAGAAGCACCUCAGGAGGAGGCUUCUCUCAGCAAUAGGCUCAAGACGUAUGCCAACUUCCCAGAAGCACCUCAGGAGGAGGCUUCUCUCAGCAAUAGGCUCAAGACGUAUGCCAACUUCCCAGAAGCACCUCAGGAGGAGGCUUCUCUCAGCAAUAGGCUCAAGACGUAUGCCAACUUCCCAGAAGCACCUCAGGAGGAGGCUUCUCUCAGCAAUAGGCUCAAGACGUAUGCCAACUUCCCAGAAGCACCUCAGGAGGAGGCUUCUCUCAGCAAUAGGCUCAAGACGUAUGCCAACUUCCCAGAAGCACCUCAGGAGGAGGCUUCUCUCAGCAAUAGGCUCAAGACGUAUGCCAACUUCCCAGAAGCACCUCAGGAGGAGGCUUCUCUCAGCAAUAGGCUCAAGACGUAUGCCAACUUCCCAGAAGCACCUCAGGAGGAGGCUUCUCUCAGCAAUAGGCUCAAGACGUAUGCCAACUUCCCAGAAGCACCUCAGGAGGAGGCUUCUCUCAGCAAUAGGCUCAAGACGUAUGCCAACUUCCCAGAAGCACCUCAGGAGGAGGCUUCUCUCAGCAAUAGGCUCAAGACGUAUGCCAACUUCCCAGAAGCACCUCAGGAGGAGGCUUCUCUCAGCAAUAGGCUCAAGACGUAUGCCAACUUCCCAGAAGCACCUCAGGAGGAGGCUUCUCUCAGCAAUAGGCUCAAGACGUAUGCCAACUUCCCAGAAGCACCUCAGGAGGAGGCUUCUCUCAGCAAUAGGCUCAAGACGUAUGCCAACUUCCCAGAAGCACCUCAGGAGGAGGCUUCUCUCAGCAAUAGGCUCAAGACGUAUGCCAACUUCCCAGAAGCACCUCAGGAGGAGGCUUCUCUCAGCAAUAGGCUCAAGACGUAUGCCAACUUCCCAGAAGCACCUCAGGAGGAGGCUUCUCUCAGCAAUAGGCUCAAGACGUAUGCCAACUUCCCAGAAGCACCUCAGGAGGAGGCUUCUCUCAGCAAUAGGCUCAAGAUGUAUGCCAACUUCCCAGAAGCACCUCAGGAGGAGGCUUCUCUCAGCAAUAGGCUCAAGACGUAUGCCAACUUCCCAGAAGCACCUCAGGAGGAGGCUUCUCUCAGCAAUAGGCUCAAGACGUAUGCCACCUUUCCAGAAGCACCUCAGGAGGAGGCUUCUCUCAGCAAUAGGCUCAAGACGUAUGCCACCUUUCCAGAAACACCUCAGGAGGAGGCUUCUCUCAGUAAUAGGCUCAAGACGUAUGCCACCUUUCCAGAAGCACCUCAGGAGGAGGCUUCUCUCAGCAAUAGGCUCAAGACGUAUGCCACCUUUCCAGAAACACCUCAGGAGGAGGCUUCUCUCAGUAAUAGGCUCAAGACGUAUGCCAACUUUCCAGAAGCACCUCAGGAGGAGGCUUCUCUCAGCAAUAGGCUCAAGACGUAUGCCACCUUUCCAGAAACACCUCAGGAGGAGGCUUCUCUCAGCAAUAGGCUCAAGACGUAUGCCAACUUUCGAGAAGCACCUCAGGAGGAGGCUUCUCUCAGCAAUAGGCUCAAGACGUAUGCCACCUUUCCAGAAGCACCUCAGGAGGAGGCUUCUCUCAGCAAUAGGCUCAAGACGUAUGCCAACUUUCCAGAAGCACCUCAGGAGGAGGCUUCUCUCAGCAAUAGGCUCAAGACGUAUGCCACCUUUCCAGAAGCACCUCAGGAGGAGGCUUCUCUCAGCAAUAGGCUCAAGACGUAUGCCAACUUUCCAGAAGCACCUCAGGAGGAGGCUUCUCUCAGCAAUAGGCUCAAGACGUAUGCCACCUUUCCAGAAGCACCUCAGGAGGAGGCUUCUCUCAGCAAUAGGCUCAAGACGUAUGCCACCUUUCCAGAAGCACCUCAGGAGGAGGCUUCUCUCAGCAAUAGGCUCAAGACGUAUGCCACCUUUCCAGAAACACCUCAGGAGGAGGCUUCUCUCAGUAAUAGGCUCAAGACGUAUGCCAACUUUCCAGAAGCACCUCAGGAGGAGGCUUCUCUCAGCAAUAGGCUCAAGACGUAUGCCAACUUUCCAGAAGCACCUCAGGAGGAGGCUUCUCUCAGCAAUAGGCUCAAGACGUAUGCCAACUUUCCAGAAGCACCUCAGGAGGAGGCUUCUCUCAGCAAUAGGCUCAAGACGUAUGCCACCUUUCCAGAAGCACCUCAGGAGGAGGCUUCUCUCAGCAAUAGGCUCAAGACGUAUGCCACCUUUCCAGAAGCACCUCAGGAGGAGGCUUCUCUCAGCAAUAGGCUCAAGACGUAUGCCAACUUUCCAGAAGCACCUCAGGAGGAGGCUUCUCUCAGCAAUAGGCUCAAGACGUAUGCCAACUUUCCAGAAGCACCUCAGGAGGAGGCUUCUCUCAGCAAUAGGCUCAAGACGUAUGCCAACUUUCCAGAAGCACCUCAGGAGGAGGCUUCUCUCAGCAAUAGGCUCAAGACGUAUGCCAACUUUCCAGAAGCACCUCAGGAGGAGGCUUCUCUCAGCAAUAGGCUCAAGACGUAUGCCAACUUUCCAGAAGCACCUCAGGAGCAGGCUUCUCUCAGCAAUAGGCUCAAGACGUAUGCCAACUUUCCAGAAGCACCUCAGGAGGAGGCUUCUCUCAGCAAUAGGCUCAAGACGUAUGCCAACUUUCCAGAAGCACCUCAGGAGGAGGCUUCUCUCAGCAAUAGGCUCAAGACGUAUGCCAACUUUCCAGAAGCACCUCAGGAGGAGGCUUCUCUCAGCAAUAGGCUCAAGACGUAUGCCAACUUUCCAGAAGCACCUCAGGAGGAGGCUUCUCUCAGCAAUAGGCUCAAGACGUAUGCCAACUUUCCAGAAGCACCUCAGGAGGAGGCUUCUCUCAGCAAUAGGCUCAAGACGUAUGCCAACUUUCCAGAAGCACCUCAGGAGGAGGCUUCUCUCAGCAAUAGGCUCAAGACGUAUGCCAACUUUCCAGAAGCACCUCAGGAGGAGGCUUCUCUCAGCAAUAGGCUCAAGACGUAUGCCAACUUUCCAGAAGCACCUCAGGAGGAGUAUUCUCUCAGCAAUAGGCUCAAGACGUAUGCCAACUUUCCAGAAGCACCUCAGGAGGAGGCUUCUCUCAGCAAUAGGCUCAAGACGUAUGCCAACUUUCCAGAAGCACCUCGGGAGGAGGCUUCUCUCAGCAAUAGGCUCAAGACGUAUGCCAACUUUCCAGAAGCACCUCAGGAGGAGGCUUCUCUCAGCAAUAGGCUCAAGACGUAUGCCAACUUUCCAGAAGCACCUCAGGAGGAGGCUUCUCUCAGCAAUAGGCUCAAGACGUAUGCCAACUUUCCAGAAGCACCUCAGGAGGAGUAUUCUCUCAGCAAUAGGCUCAAGACGUAUGCCAACUUUCCAGAAGCACCUCGGGAGGAGGCUUCUCUCAGCAAUAGGCUCAAGACGUAUGCCAACUUUCCAGAAGCACCUCAGGAGGAGGCUUCUCUCAGCAAUAGGCUCAAGACGUAUGCCAACUUUCCAGAAGCACCUCAGGAGGAGUAUUCUCUCAGCAAUAGGCUCAAGACGUAUGCCAACUUUCCAGAAGCACCUCAGGAGGAGGCUUCUCUCAGCAAUAGGCUCAAGACGUAUGCCAACUUUCCAGAAGCAGGUCGGGAGGAGGCUUCUCUCAGCAAUAGGCUCAAGACGUAUGCCAACUUUCCAGAAGCACCUCAGGAGGAGGCUUCUCUCAGCAAUAGGCUCAAGACGUAUGCCACCUUUCCAGAAGCACCUCAGGAGGAGGCUUCUCUCAGCAAUAGGCUCAAGACGUAUGCCAACUUUCCAGAAGCACCUCAGGAGGAGGCUUCUCUCAGCAAUAGGCUCAAGACGUAUGCCACCUUUCCUGAAGCACCUCAGGAGGAGGCUUCUCUCAGCAAUAGGCUCAAGACGUAUGCCACCUUUCCUGAAGCACCUCAGGAGGAGGCUUCUCUCAGCAAUAGGCUCAAGACGUAUGCCAACUUUCCAGAAGCACCUCAGGAGGAGGCUUCUCUCAGCAAUAGGCUCAAGACGUAUGCCACCUUUCCAGAAGCACCUCAGGAGGAGGCUUCUCUCAGCAAUAGGCUCAAGACGUAUGCCACCUUUCAAGAAGCACCUCAGGAGGAGGCUUCUCUCAGCAAUAGGCUCAAGACGUAUGCCAACUUUCCAGAAGCACCUCAGGAGGAGGCUUCUCUCAGCAAUAGGCUCAAGACGUAUGCCACCUUUCCAGAAGCACCUCAGGAGGAGGCUUCUCUCAGCAAUAGGCUCAAGACGUAUGCCACCUUUCCAGAAACACCUCAGGAGGAGGCUUCUCUCAGCAAUAGGCUCAAGACGUAUGCCAACUUUCCAGAAGCACCUCAGGAGGAGGCUUCUCUCAGCAAUAGGCUCAAGACGUAUGCCACCUUUCCAGAAGCACCUCAGGAGGAGGCUUCUCUCAGCAAUAGGCUCAAGACGUAUGCCACCUUUCCAGAAACACCUCAGGAGGAGGCUUCUCUCAGCAAUAGGCUCAAGACGUAUGCCAACUUUCCAGAAGCACCUCAGGAGGAGGCUUCUCUCAGCAAUAGGCUCAAGACGUAUGCCACCUUUCCAGAAGCACCUCAGGAGGAGGCUUCUCUCAGCAAUAGGCUCAAGACGUAUGCCAACUUUCCAGAAGCACCUCAGGAGGAGGCUUCUCUCAGCAAUAGGCUCAAGACGUAUGCCAACUUUCCAGAAGCACCUCAGGAGGAGGCUUCUCUCAGCAAUAGGCUCAAGACGUAUGCCACCUUUCCAGAAGCACCUCAGGAGGAGGCUUCUCUCAGCAAUAGGCUCAAGACGUAUGCCAACUUUCCAGAAGCACCUCAGGAGGAGGCUUCUCUCAGCAAUAGGCUCAAGACGUAUGCCAACUUUCCAGAAGCACCUCAGGAGGAGGCUUCUCUCAGCAAUAGGCUCAAGACGUAUGCCACCUUUCCAGAAGCACCUCAGGAGGAGGCUUCUCUCAGCAAUAGGCUCAAGACGUAUGCCAACUUUCCAGAAGCACCUCAGGAGGAGGCUUCUCUCAGCAAUAGGCUCAAGACGUAUGCCAACUUUCCAGAAGCACCUCAGGAGGAGGCUUCUCUCAGCAAUAGGCUCAAGACGUAUGCCACCUUUCCAGAAGCACCUCAGGAGGAGGCUUCUCUCAGCAAUAGGCUCAAGACGUAUGCCAACUUUCCAGAAGCACCUCAGGAGGAGGCUUCUCUCAGCAAUAGGCUCAAGACGUAUGCCAACUUUCCAGAAGCACCUCAGGAGGAGGCUUCUCUCAGCAAUAGGCUCAAGACGUAUGCCACCUUUCCAGAAGCACCUCAGGAGGAGGCUUCUCUCAGCAAUAGGCUCAAGACGUAUGCCACCUUUCCAGAAGCACCUCAGGAGGAGGCUUCUCUCAGCAAUAGGCUCAAGACGUAUGCCACCUUUCAAGAAGCACCUCAGGAGGAGGCUUCUCUCAGCAAUAGGCUCAAGACGUAUGCCAACUUUCCAGAAGCACCUCAGGAGGACGCUUCUCUCAGCAAUAGGCUCAAGACGUAUGCCAACUUUCCAGAAGCACCUCAGGAGGAGGCUUCUCUCAGCAAUAGGCUCAAGACGUAUGCCACCUUUCCAGAAGCACCUCAGGAGGAGGCUUCUCUCAGCAAUAGGCUCAAGACGUAUGCCAACUUUCCAGAAGCACCUCAGGAGGACGCUUCUCUCAGCAAUAGGCUCAAGACGUAUGCCACCUUUCCAGAAGCACCUCAGGAGGAGGCUUCUCUCAGCAAUAGGCUCAAGACGUAUGCCAACUUUCCAGAAGCACCUCAGGAGGACGCUUCUCUCAGCAAUAGGCUCAAGACGUAUGCCACCUUUCCAGAAGCACCUCAGGAGGAGGCUUCUCUCAGCAAUAGGCUCAAGACGUAUGCCAACUUUCCAGAAGCACCUCAGGAGGACGCUUCUCUCAGCAAUAGGCUCAAGACGUAUGCCACCUUUCCAGAAGCACCUCAGGAGGAGGCUUCUCUCAGCAAUAGGCUCAAGACGUAUGCCAACUUUCCAGAAGCACCUCAGGAGGAGGCUUCUCUCAGCAAUAGGCUCAAGACGUAUGCCACCUUUCCAGAAGCACCUCAGGAGGAGGCUUCUCUCAGCAAUAGGCUCAAGACGUAUGCCACCUUUCCAGAAGCACCUCAGGAGGAGGCUUCUCUCAGCAAUAGGCUCAAGACGUAUGCCACCUUUCAAGAAGCACCUCAGGAGGAGGCUUCUCUCAGCAAUAGGCUCAAGACGUAUGCCAACUUUCCAGAAGCACCUCAGGAGGACGCUUCUCUCAGCAAUAGGCUCAAGACGUAUGCCAACUUUCCAGAAGCACCUCAGGAGGAGGCUUCUCUCAGCAAUAGGCUCAAGACGUAUGCCACCUUUCCAGAAGCACCUCAGGAGGAGGCUUCUCUCAGCAAUAGGCUCAAGACGUAUGCCAACUUUCCAGAAGCACCUCAGGAGGACGCUUCUCUCAGCAAUAGGCUCAAGACGUAUGCCACCUUUCCAGAAGCACCUCAGGAGGAGGCUUCUCUCAGCAAUAGGCUCAAGACGUAUGCCAACUUUCCAGAAGCACCUCAGGAGGACGCUUCUCUCAGCAAUAGGCUCAAGACGUAUGCCACCUUUCCAGAAGCACCUCAGGAGGAGGCUUCUCUCAGCAAUAGGCUCAAGACGUAUGCCAACUUUCCAGAAGCACCUCAGGAGGACGCUUCUCUCAGCAAUAGGCUCAAGACGUAUGCCACCUUUCCAGAAGCACCUCAGGAGGAGGCUUCUCUCAGCAAUAGGCUCAAGACGUAUGCCAACUUUCCAGAAGCACCUCAGGAGGACGCUUCUCUCAGCAAUAGGCUCAAGACGUAUGCCACCUUUCCAGAAGCACCUCAGGAGGAGGCUUCUCUCAGCAAUAGGCUCAAGACGUAUGCCAACUUUCCAGAAGCACCUCAGGAGGACGCUUCUCUCAGCAAUAGGCUCAAGACGUAUGCCACCUUUCCAGAAGCACCUCAGGAGGAGGCUUCUCUCAGCAAUAGGCUCAAGACGUAUGCCAACUUUCCAGAAGCACCUCAGGAGGACGCUUCUCUCAGCAAUAGGCUCAAGACGUAUGCCACCUUUCCAGAAGCACCUCAGGAGGAGGCUUCUCUCAGCAAUAGGCUCAAGACGUAUGCCAACUUUCCAGAAGCACCUCAGGAGGACGCUUCUCUCAGCAAUAGGCUCAAGACGUAUGCCACCUUUCCAGAAGCACCUCAGGAGGAGGCUUCUCUCAGCAAUAGGCUCAAGACGUAUGCCAACUUUCCAGAAGCACCUCAGGAGGACGCUUCUCUCAGCAAUAGGCUCAAGACGUAUGCCACCUUUCCAGAAGCACCUCAGGAGGAGGCUUCUCUCAGCAAUAGGCUCAAGACGUAUGCCAACUUUCCAGAAGCACCUCAGGAGGACGCUUCUCUCAGCAAUAGGCUCAAGACGUAUGCCACCUUUCCAGAAGCACCUCAGGAGGAGGCUUCUCUCAGCAAUAGGCUCAAGACGUAUGCCACCUUUCCAGAAGCACCUCAGGAGGAGGCUUCUCUCAGCAAUAGGCUCAAGACGUAUGCCACCUUUCCAGAAGCACCUCAGGAGGAGGCUUCUCUCAGCAAUAGGCUCAAGACGUAUGCCACCUUUCCAGAAACACCUCAGGAGGAGGCUUCUCUCAGCAAUAGGCUCAAGACGUAUGCCACCUUUCCAGAAGCACCUCAGGAGGAGGCUUCUCUCAGCAAUAGGCUCAAGACGUAUGCCACCUUUCCAGAAGCACCUCAGGAGGAGGCUUCUCUCAGCAAUAGGCUCAAGACGUAUGCCACCUUUCCAGAAGCACCUCAGGAGGAGGCUUCUCUCAGCAAUAGGCUCAAGACGUAUGCCACCUUUCCAGAAGCACCUCAGGAGGAGGCUUCUCUCAGCAAUAGGCUCAAGACGUAUGCCACCUUUCCAGAAACACCUCAGGAGGAGGCUUCUCUCAGCAAUAGGCUCAAGACGUAUGCCAACUUUCCAGAAGCACCUCAGGAGGAGGCUUCUCUCAGCAAUAGGCUCAAGACGUAUGCCACCUUUCCAGAAGCACCUCAGGAGGAGGCUUCUCUCAGCAAUAGGCUCAAGACGUAUGCCACCUUUCCAGAAGCACCUCAGGAGGAGGCUUCUCUCAGCAAUAGGCUCAAGACGUAUGCCAACUUUCCAGAAGCACCUCAGGAGGAGGCUUCUCUCAGCAAUAGGCUCAAGACGUAUGCCACCUUUCCAGAAACACCUCAGGAGGAGGCUUCUCUCAGCAAUAGGCUCAAGACGUAUGCCAACUUUCCAGAAGCACCUCAGGAGGAGGCUUCUCUCAGCAAUAGGCUCAAGACGUAUGCCACCUUUCCAGACGCACCUCAGGAGCAGGCUUCUCUCAGCAAUAGGCUCAAGACGUAUGCCAACUUUCCAGAAGCACCUCAGGAGGAGGCUUCUCUCAGCAAUAGGCUCAAGACGUAUGCCACCUUUCCAGAAGCACCUCAGGAGGAGGCUUCUCUCAGCAAUAGGCUCAAGACGUAUGCCAACUUUCCAGAAGCACCUCAGGAGGAGGCUUCUCUCAGCAAUAGGCUCAAGACGUAUGCCACCUUUCCAGAAGCACCUCAGGAGGAGGCUUCUCUCAGCAAUAGGCUCAAGACGUAUGCCACCUUUCCAGAAGCACCUCAGGAGGAGGCUUCUCUCAGCAAUAGGCAACUCCAGAGAUGCCCCGAGAACACUGUCCCAAGUCUAGAGGACCACCAACUUCAGCACAGCAACUCGAGGAAUGCUCUGUGUACCCCAAAUCGUCUCGAGAUGAGAGCUGAUUCCCUGCUUAGGCUGAAGACGUAUGCCACCUUUGCAGAAGCACCUCAGGAGGAGGCUUCUCUCAGCAAUAGGCAACUCCAGAGAUGCCCCGAGAACACUGUCCCAAGUCUAGAGGACCACCAACUUCAGCACAGCAACUCGAGGAAUGCUCUGUGUACCCCAAAUCGUCUCGAGAUGAGAGCUGAUUCCCUGCUUAGGCUCAAGACGUAUGCCACCUUUCCAGAAGCACCUCAGGAGGAGGCUUCUCUCAGCAAUAGGCUCAAGACGUAUGCCACCUUUCCAGAAGCACUUCAGGAGGAGGCUUCUCUCAGCAAUAGGCUCAAGACGUAUGCCACCUUUCCAGAAGCACUUCAGGAGGAGGCUUCUCUCAGCAAUAGGCUCAAGACGUAUGCCACCUUUCCAGAAGCACCUCAGGAGGAGGCUUCUCUCAGCAAUAGGCUCAAGACGUAUGCCAACUUUCCAGAAGCACCUCAGGAGGAGGCUUCUCUCAGCAAUAGGCUCAAGACGUAUGCCAACUUUCCAGAAGCACCUCAGGAGGAGGCUUCUCUCAGCAAUAGGCUCAAGACGUAUGCCAACUUUCCAGAAGCACCUGAGGAGGAGGCUUCUCUCAGCAAUAGGCUCAAGACGUAUGCCAACUUUCCAGAAGCACCUCAGGAGGAGGCUUCUCUCAGCAAUAGGCUCAAGACGUAUGCCAACUUUCCAGAAGCACCUCAGGAGGAGGCUUCUCUCAGCAAUAGGCUCAAGACGUAUGCCAACUUUCCAGAAGCACCUCAGGAGGAGGCUUCUCUCAGCAAUAGGCUCAAGACGUAUGCCAACUUUCCAGAAGCACCUCAGGAGGAGGCUUCUCUCAGCAAUAGGCUCAAGACGUAUGCCAACUUUCCAGAAGCACCUCAGGAGGAGGCUUCUCUCAGCAAUAGGCUCAAGACGUAUGCCAACUUUCCAGAAGCACCUCAGGAGGAGGCUUCUCUCAGCAAUAGGCUCAAGACGUAUGCCAACUUUCCAGAAGCACCUCAGGAGGAGGCUUCUCUCAGCAAUAGGCUCAAGACGUAUGCCAACUUUCCAGAAGCACCUCAGGAGGAGGCUUCUCUCAGCAAUAGGCUCAAGACGUAUGCCAACUUUCCAGAAGCACCUCAGGAGGAGGCUUCUCUCAGUAAUAGGCUCAAGACGUAUGCCAACUUUCCAGAAGCACCUCAGGAGGAGGCUUCUCUCAGCAAUAGGCUCAAGACGUAUGCCAACUUUCCAGAAGCACCUCAGGAGGAGGCUUCUCUCAGCAAUAGGCUCAAGACGUAUGCCAACUUUCCAGAAGCACCUCAGGAGGAGGCUUCUCUCAGCAAUAGGCUCAAGACGUAUGCCAACUUUCCAGAAGCACCUCAGGAGGAGGCUUCUCUCAGCAAUAGGCUCAAGACGUAUGCCAACUUUCCAGAAGCACCUCAGGAGGAGGCUUCUCUCAGCAAUAGGCUCAAGACGUAUGCCAACUUUCCAGAAGCACCUCAGGAGGAGGCUUCUCUCAGCAAUAGGCUCAAGACGUAUGCCAACUUUCCAGAAGCACCUCAGGAGGAGGCUUCUCUCAGCAAUAGGCUCAAGACGUAUGCCAACUUUCCAGAAGCACCUCAGGAGGAGGCUUCUCUCAGCAAUAGGCUCAAGAAGUAUGCCAACUUUCCAGAAGCACCUCAGGAGGAGGCUUCUCUCAGCAAUAGGCUCAAGACGUAUGCCAACUUUCCAGAAGCACCUCAGGAGGAGGCUUCUCUCAGCAAUAGGCUCAAGACGUAUGCCAACUUUCCAGAAGCACCUCAGGAGGAGGCUUCUCUCAGCAAUAGGCUCAAGACGUAUGCCAACUUUCCAGAAGCACCUCAGGAGGAGGCUUCUCUCAGCAAUAGGCUCAAGACGUAUGCCACCUUUCCAGAAGCACCUCAGGAGGAGGCUUCUGUCAGCAAUAGGCUCAAGACGUAUGCCACCUUUCCAGAAGCACCUCAGGAGGAGGCUUCUCUCAGCAAUAGGCUCAAGACGUAUGCCACCUUUCCAGAAGCACCUCAGGAGGAGGCUUCUCUCAGCAAUAGGCUCAAGACGUAUGCCACCUUUCCAGAAGCACCUCAGGAGGAGGCUUCUCUCAGCAAUAGGCUCAAGACGUAUGCCAACUUUCCAGAAGCACCUCAGGAGGACGCUUCUCUCAGCAAUAGGCUCAAGACGUAUGCCACCUUUCCAGAAGCACCUCAGGAGGAGGCUUCUCUCAGCAAUAGGCUCAAGACGUAUGCCACCUUUCCAGAAGCACCUCAGGAGGAGGCUUCUCUCAGCAAUAGGCUCAAGACGUAUGCCACCUUUCGAGAAACACCUCAGGAGGAGGCUUCUCUCAGCAAUAGGCUCAAGACGUAUGCCACCUUUCCAGAAGCACCUCAGGAGGAGGCUUCUCUCAGCAAUAGGCUCAAGACGUAUGCCACCUUUCCAGAAGCACCUCAGGAGGAGGCUUCUCUCAGCAAUAGGCUCAAGACGUAUGCCAACUUUCCAGAAGCACCUGAGGAGGACGCUUCUCUCAGCAAUAGGCUCAAGACGUAUGCCACCUUUCCAGAAGCACCUCAGGAGGAGGCUUCUCUCAGCAAUAGGCUCAAGACGUAUGCCACCUUUCCAGAAGCACCUCAGGAGGAGGCUUCUCUCAGCAAUAGGCUCAAGACGUAUGCCACCUUUCCAGAAGCACCUCAGGAGGAGGCUUCUCUCAGCAAUAGGCUCAAGACGUAUGCCACCUUUCGAGAAACACCUCAGGAGGAGGCUUCUCUCAGCAAUAGGCUCAAGACGUAUGCCAACUUUCCAGAAGCACCUCAGGAGGAGGCUUCUCUCAGCAAUAGGCUCAAGACGUAUGCCACCUUUCCAGAAGCACCUCAGGAGGAGGCUUCUCUCAGCAAUAGGCUCAAGACGUAUGCCAACUUUCCAGAAGCACCUCAGGAGGACGCUUCUCUCAGCAAUAGGCUCAAGACGUAUGCCACCUUUCCAGAAGCACCUCAGGAGGAGGCUUCUCUCAGCAAUAGGCUCAAGACGUAUGCCACCUUUCCAGAAGCACCUCAGGAGGAGGCUUCUCUCAGCAAUAGGCUCAAGACGUAUGCCAACUUUCCAGAAGCACCUCAGGAGGAGGCUUCUCUCAGCAAUAGGCUCAAGACGUAUGCCACCUUUCCAGAAGCACCUCAGGAGGAGGCUUCUCUCAGCAAUAGGCUCAAGACGUAUGCCACCUUUCCAGAAGCACCUCAGGAGGAGGCUUCUCUCAGCAAUAGGCUCAAGACGUAUGCCACCUUUCCAGAAGCACCUCAGGAGGAGGCUUCUCUCAGCAAUAGGCUCAAGACGUAUGCCACCUUUCCAGAAACACCUGAGGAGGAGGCUUCUCUCAGCAAUAGGCUCAAGACGUAUGCCACCUUUCCAGAAGCACCUCAGGAGGAGGCUUCUCUCAGCAAUAGGCUCAAGACGUAUGCCACCUUUCCAGAAGCACCUCAGGAGGAGGCUUCUCUCAGCAAUAGGCUCAAGACGUAUGCCACCUUUCCAGAAGCACCUCAGGAGGAGGCUUCUCUCAGCAAUAGGCUCAAGACGUAUGCCACCUUUCCAGAAACACCUGAGGAGGAGGCUUCUCUCAGCAAUAGGCUCAAGACGUAUGCCAACUUUCCAGAAGCACCUCAGGAGGAGGCUUCUCUCAGCAAUAGGCUCAAGACGUAUGCCACCUUUCCAGAAGCACCUCAGGAGGAGGUUUCUCUCAGCAAUAGGCUCAAGACGUAUGCCACCUUUCCAGAAACACCUCAGGAGGAGGCUUCUCUCAGCAAUAGGCUCAAGACGUAUGCCACCUUUCCAGAAGCACCUCAGGAGGAGGCUUCUCUCAGCAAUAGGCUCAAGACGUAUGCCACCUUUCCAGAAACACCUCAGGAGGAGGCUUCUCUCAGCAAUAGGCUCAAGACGUAUGCCAACUUUCCAGAAGCACCUCAGGAGGAGGCUUCUCUCAGCAAUAGGCUCAAGACGUAUGCCACCUUUCCAGACGCACCUCAGGAGGAGGCUUCUCUCAGCAAUAGGCUCAAGACGUAUGCCAACUUUCCAGAAGCACCUCAGGAGGAGGCUUCUCUCAGCAAUAGGCUCAAGACGUAUGCCACCUUUCCAGAAGCACCUCAGGAGGAGGCUUCUCUCAGCAAUAGGCUCAAGACGUAUGCCAACUUUCCAGAAGCACCUCAGGAGGAGGCUUCUCUCAGCAAUAGGCUCAAGACGUAUGCCACCUUUCCAGUAGCACCUCAGGAGGAGGCUUCUCUCAGCAAUAGGCUCAAGACGUAUGCCACCUUUCCAGAAGCACCUCAGGAGGAGGCUUCUCUCAGCAAUAGGCUCAAGACGUAUGCCAACUUUCCAGAAGCACCUCAGGAGGAGGCUUCUCUCAGCAAUAGGCUCAAGACGUAUGCCAACUUUCCAGAAGCACCUCAGGAGGAGGCUUCUCUCAGCAAUAGGCUCAAGACGUAUGCCACCUUUCCAGAAGCACUUCAGGAGGAGGCUUCUCUCAGCAAUAGGCUCAAGACGUAUGCCACCUUUCCAAAAGCACCUCAGGAGGAGGCUUCUCUCAGCAAUAGGCUCAAGACGUAUGCCAACUUUCCAGAAGCACCUCAGGAGGAGGCUUCUCUCAGCAAUAGGCUCAAGACGUAUGCCAACUUUCCAGAAGCACCUCAGGAGGAGGCUUCUCUCAGCAAUAGGCUCAAGACGUAUGCCACCUUUCCAGAAGCACCUCAGGAGGAGGCUUCUCUCAGCAAUAGGCUCAAGACGUAUGCCACCUUUCCAGAAGCACCUCAGGAGGAGGCUUCUCUCAGCAGUAGGCUCAAGACGUAUGCCACCUUUCCAGAAGCACCUCAGGAGGAGGCUUCUCUCAGCAAUAGGCUCAAGACGUAUGCCACCUUUCCAGAAGCACCUCAGGAGGAGGCUUCUCUCAGCAAUAGGCUCAAGACGUAUGCCACCAUUCCAGAAGCACGUCAGGAGGAGGCUUCUCUCAGCAAUAGGCUCAAGACGUAUGCCACCUUUCCAGAAGCACCUCAGGAGGAGGCUUCUCUCAGCAAUAGGCUCAAGACGUAUGCCACCUUUCCAGAAGCACCUCAGGAGGAGGCUUCUCUCAGCAAUAGGCUCAAGACGUAUGCCACCUUUCCAGAAGCACCUCAGGAGGAGGCUUCUCUCAGCAAUAGGCUCAAGACGUAUGCCAACUUUCCAGAAGCACCUCAGGAGGACGCUUCUCUCAGCAAUAGGCUCAAGACGUAUGCCACCUUUCCAGAAGCACCUCAGGAGGAGGCUUCUCUCAGCAAUAGGCUCAAGACGUAUGCCACCUUUCCAGAAGCACCUCAGGAGGAGGCUUCUCUCAGCAAUAGGCUCAAGACGUAUGCCACCUUUCGAGAAACACCUCAGGAGGAGGCUUCUCUCAGCAAUAGGCUCAAGACGUAUGCCACCUUUCCAGAAGCACCUCAGGAGGAGGCUUCUCUCAGCAAUAGGCUCAAGACGUAUGCCACCUUUCCAGAAGCACCUCAGGAGGAGGCUUCUCUCAGCAAUAGGCUCAAGACGUAUGCCAACUUUCCAGAAGCACCUGAGGAGGACGCUUCUCUCAGCAAUAGGCUCAAGACGUAUGCCACCUUUCCAGAAGCACCUCAGGAGGAGGCUUCUCUCAGCAAUAGGCUCAAGACGUAUGCCACCUUUCCAGAAGCACCUCAGGAGGAGGCUUCUCUCAGCAAUAGGCUCAAGACGUAUGCCACCUUUCCAGAAGCACCUCAGGAGGAGGCUUCUCUCAGCAAUAGGCUCAAGACGUAUGCCACCUUUCGAGAAACACCUCAGGAGGAGGCUUCUCUCAGCAAUAGGCUCAAGACGUAUGCCAACUUUCCAGAAGCACCUCAGGAGGAGGCUUCUCUCAGCAAUAGGCUCAAGACGUAUGCCACCUUUCCAGAAGCACCUCAGGAGGAGGCUUCUCUCAGCAAUAGGCUCAAGACGUAUGCCAACUUUCCAGAAGCACCUCAGGAGGACGCUUCUCUCAGCAAUAGGCUCAAGACGUAUGCCACCUUUCCAGAAGCACCUCAGGAGGAGGCUUCUCUCAGCAAUAGGCUCAAGACGUAUGCCACCUUUCCAGAAGCACCUCAGGAGGAGGCUUCUCUCAGCAAUAGGCUCAAGACGUAUGCCAACUUUCCAGAAGCACCUCAGGAGGAGGCUUCUCUCAGCAAUAGGCUCAAGACGUAUGCCACCUUUCCAGAAGCACCUCAGGAGGAGGCUUCUCUCAGCAAUAGGCUCAAGACGUAUGCCACCUUUCCAGAAGCACCUCAGGAGGUGGCUUCUCUCAGCAAUAGGCUCAAGACGUAUGCCACCUUUCCAGAAGCACCUCAGGAGGAGGCUUCUCUCAGCAAUAGGCUCAAGACGUAUGCCACCUUUCCAGAAACACCUGAGGAGGAGGCUUCUCUCAGCAAUAGGCUCAAGACGUAUGCCACCUUUCCAGAAGCACCUCAGGAGGAGGCUUCUCUCAGCAAUAGGCUCAAGACGUAUGCCACCUUUCCAGAAGCACCUCAGGAGGAGGCUUCUCUCAGCAAUAGGCUCAAGACGUAUGCCACCUUUCCAGAAGCACCUCAGGAGGAGGCUUCUCUCAGCAAUAGGCUCAAGACGUAUGCCACCUUUCCAGAAACACCUGAGGAGGAGGCUUCUCUCAGCAAUAGGCUCAAGACGUAUGCCAACUUUCCAGAAGCACCUCAGGAGGAGGCUUCUCUCAGCAAUAGGCUCAAGACGUAUGCCACCUUUCCAGAAGCACCUCAGGAGGAGGUUUCUCUCAGCAAUAGGCUCAAGACGUAUGCCACCUUUCCAGAAACACCUCAGGAGGAGGCUUCUCUCAGCAAUAGGCUCAAGACGUAUGCCACCUUUCCAGAAGCACCUCAGGAGGAGGCUUCUCUCAGCAAUAGGCUCAAGACGUAUGCCACCUUUCCAGAAACACCUCAGGAGGAGGCUUCUCUCAGCAAUAGGCUCAAGACGUAUGCCAACUUUCCAGAAGCACCUCAGGAGGAGGCUUCUCUCAGCAAUAGGCUCAAGACGUAUGCCAACUUUCCAGAAGCACCUCAGGAGGAGGCUUCUCUCAGCAAUAGGCUCAAGACGUAUGCCAACUUUCCAGAAGCACCUCAGGAGGAGGCUUCUCUCAGCAAUAGGCUCAAGACGUAUGCCACCUUUCCAGAAGCACCUCAGGAGGAGGCUUCUCUCAGCAAUAGGCUCAAGACGUAUGCCACCUUUCCAGAAGCACCUCAGGAGGAGGCUUCUCUCAGCAAUAGGCUCAAGACGUAUGCCAACUUUCCAGAAGCACCUCAGGAGGAGGCUUCUCUCAGCAAUAGGCUCAAGACGUAUGCCACCUUUCCAGAAGCACUUCAGGAGGAGGCUUCUCUCAGCAAUAGGCUCAAGACGUAUGCCACCUUUCCAAAAGCACCUCAGGAGGAGGCUUCUCUCAGCAAUAGGCUCAAGACGUAUGCCAACUUUCCAGAAGCACCUCAGGAGGAGGCUUCUCUCAGCAAUAGGCUCAAGACGUAUGCCAACUUUCCAGAAGCACCUCAGGAGGAGGCUUCUCUCAGCAAUAGGCUCAAGACGUAUGCCAACUUUCCAGAAGCACCUCAGGAGGAGGCUUCUCUCAGCAAUAGGCUCAAGACGUAUGCCAACUUUCCAGAAGCACCUCAGGAGGAGGCUUCUCUCAGCAAUAGGCUCAAGACGUAUGCCAACUUUCCAGAAGCACCUCAGGAGGAGGCUUCUCUCAGCAAUAGGCUCAAGACGUAUGCCAACUUUCCAGAAGCACCUCAGGAGGAGGCUUCUCUCAGCAAUAGGCUCAAGACGUAUGCCAACUUUCCAGAAGCACCUCAGGAGGAGGCUUCUCUCAGCAAUAGGCUCAAGACGUAUGCCAACUUUCCAGAAGCACCUCAGGAGGAGGCUUCUCUCAGCAAUAGGCUCAAGACGUAUGCCAACUUUCCAGAAGCACCUCAGGAGGAGGCUUCUCUCAGCAAUAGGCUCAAGACGUAUGCCAACUUUCCAGAAGCACCUCAGGAGGAGGCUUCUCUCAGCAAUAGGCUCAAGACGUAUGCCAACUUUCCAGAAGCAACUCAGGAGGAGGCUUCUCUCAGCAAUAGGCUCAAGACGUAUGCCACCUUUCCAGAAGCACCUCAGGAGGAGGCUUCUGUCAGCAAUAGGCUCAAGACGUAUGCCACCUUUCCAGAAGCACCUCAGGAGGAGGCUUCUCUCAGCAAUAGGCUCAAGACGUAUGUCAACUUUCCAGAAGCACCUCAGGAGGUGGCUUCUCUCAGCAAUAGGCUCAAGACGUAUGCCAACUUUCCAGAAGCACCUCAGGAGGAGGCUUCUCUCAGCAAUAGGCUCAAGACGUAUGCCAACUUUCCAGAAGCACGUCAGGAGGAGGCUUCUCUCAGCAAUAGGCUCAAGACGUAUGCCAACUUUCCAGAAGCACCUCAGGAGGAGGCUUCUCUCAGCAAUAGGCUCAAGACGUAUGCCACCUUUCCAAAGGCACCUCAGGAGGAGGCUUCUCUCAGCAAUAGGCUCAAGACGUAUGCCAACUUUCCAGAAGCACCUCAGGAGGAGGCUUCUCUCAGCAAUAGGCUCAAGACGUAUGCCACCUUUCCAGAAGCACCUCAGGAGGAGGCUUCUCUCAGCAAUAGGCUCAAGACGUAUGCCACCUUUCCAGAAGCACUUCAGGAGGAGGCUUCUCUCAGCAAUAGGCUCAAGACGUAUGCCACCUUUCCAGAAGCACUUCAGGAGGAGGCUUCUCUCAGCAAUAGGCUCAAGACGUAUGCCACCUUUGCAGAAGCACCUCAGGAGGAGGCUUCUCUCAGCAAUAGGCUCAAGACGUAUGCCAACUUUCCAGAAGCACCUCAGGAGGAGGCUUCUCUCAGCAAUAGGCUCAAGACGUAUGCCAACUUUCCAGAAGCACCUCAGGAGGAGGCUUCUCUCAGCAAUAGGAUCAAGACGUAUGCCAACUUUCCAGAAGCACCUCAGGAGGAGGCUUCUCUCAGCAAUAGGCUCAAGACGUAUGCCACCUUUCCAGAAGCACCUCAGGAGGAGGCUUCUCUCAGCAAUAGGCACAAGACGUAUGCCAACUUCCAGAAGCACCUCAGGAGGAGGCUUCUCUCAGCAAUAG